AUGGCACUGCCACCGCUAAAUCGACAACGGUUAAGAAAUGUCUUCUUAAUUUUUAAUUAUUUAUUAGCCUUUACAUUAAUAAUUACAGAAAGUUUACCUUUAGAUGGUAAAAAUUUAAAAAGGAGUAAUCAAUCUCAUCAUAAAAGACAAGCUAGAAAUCACAACAAUACUUCUGGACAGAUUUACCCAGCAGAAGCACUCGUUCCAAAAGUUACAAAACAAUUGGACGACCCACAUCAAUCAUCUCAACCACAAUUUGUUGCCAAUAAUGGACCUUUAAUUAGAAUGCCAGAUGGACAAUUUGUUUUGGCAACGUCUGCAUCAGAACAACAAAAUCGUCAAUUACCACAGCCAAUACAAACUAACCAACAACAAUCUCAUAUUCAAUCAGAAAGUAAAGGUGUUGAACAUGGUAGUGAAUCUUCCUCCUCAUCCCCUAUUCCCGAAGGAGCACAAUCAUCAUCAACAACAAUAACCUCAACAAUACCAGAACAAUUAACAACAACAUUACCAACAGAAACAACAGAAAGUGAAUUACAACAAACAUCUUCUUCCCCAUUUUCAACCUCAACAUCAUCAUCUUCUCCUUCUUCGACUAAUUCACCAACACACAUUCCUUCGGUUGAUAAAAGUGUUGAUUUGGAUGGAGAUGGGGCUCUUUCCUUAAAUGAAGUUCAAUAUGCUGCUUUUGUCCAUCACGGAUUAAGUUCUUCUGUAGUCGAAAACCUUUUCAAAAAUAAAUUAAAAUUAGAAUUUAAUGAAAUUCGUCCUUUGGUAUUGGCUAAGGCGGAAAAUGCUGCAUUGCGUUAUUUACAAAAUGUUGAUUCUGACCACAAUGGAUUGCUUAGUUUACACGAAGCAAAAGCUUAUAUUCUUCGAGAAUAUGGAAUUAGUAAUAGAGAUGUUGAACGUAUUUGGCGUUUAGUGGUACCUAGUAGUGGGGAUGAAAUGGAUGCUGUUUUGUUUAGUAAAUUGAGAAGGAGAGUUCGAGGAAUGAGUAUUCGGUUAGCUAGACAAAUUAUGAAAACUGCUGAUAGGGACCAGGAUGGGCAUAUCGACAUGAGAGAGGCUGCUAUGAUAGCAUUUGAACAAGAAGGUAUUGGAGCAGGGGAAGUUGUUGAAAUGCUUGCUAGUGUGGAUGAUAAUAACGAUGGACAAUUAAAUGCACCAGAAUUUGCUGAUUUUGAGAGAAUUGUUCGAGCCAAAGCAGUCGAAACAUCAAAAAAAGCUUUGAAAGUAGUGGACACAGAUGGAAGUGGGACUUUAACAAUGGAUGAAGCUAAGAAAAUAGCUUUUGAUCAUUAUGGCUUUGAUGAGGCUACUUUAGAACCUUUUUUUGCCCAGGCAGAUGAAAAUGAAGAUGGUCAACUAGAUGCUGUUGAAUUUGCUGGUUUCCGUUCGGUAAUUAGAGGCAGAGCAGUCAAAAAUGCGUUGAUGUUGCUUCCGGAAAUGGAUGAGGAUGGUGACGGGAGUAUAAACGAAGGAGAAGCCGAGCAGCGAGCUCGUCGGGAAGACGAUAUGAGCGGUGCAGAAACACAUAGUCUUUUUGCUAUCGCCGACCAAGACAGAAAUGGAUUACUUGACAAAGUUGAAUUAGCCGAUUUUGUUCGUCUUGUUAGACUAACAUCUAUUAAAUUUGUUUCUGACCAUUUUCGAGAUUAUGACACUAAUAGAGAUAAACAAAUAACUUUGGAUGAAUUGGAACGUUUAGUUAAAGAUCGAUAUAAAUUGGAACCGACGCUUAUAAGACGCUUUUUUGAUAAGGUGGAUGUUGACAGAAGUGGGGAUUUGAAUCCGGGGGAAAUUGUUGACUUUAGACAUGAAGUGAGAAGAUUUGCACAAGACAGGGGUAAAAAUAAAAGAAAAAUUUUUAAAUUAAAUUUUUAAAUAA